GCAGAGGAACAGGUACGAGUUUGAACCGCACUCCGAAGCACAAGAUGGCGCUAAUGUUCCGCUCCGCUUUACGUCGGGCCUGAAGAUGGCGUCGCGCUACUACCAAGACAUGCAGGAGAGCUUCAAGAAUAACAACAAAAGUCGGGAAUUCCCAGCUCAUACAGCCAAAGUCCACUCGGUGGCGUGGAGUUGUGACGGAAGGAGACUCGCCUCCGGCUCCUUUGACAAAACAGCCAGCGUUUUUGUCCUCGAAAAGGACCGUUUGGUGAAAGAAAACAACUACAGAGGUCAUGGUGACAGCGUGGAUCAGCUCUGCUGGCAUCCAACCAAUCCAGAUCUGUUUGUCACAGCAUCUGGAGACAAGACCAUCCGCAUAUGGGACGUCCGCACCACCAAAUGCAUGGCAACUGUCAACACGAAAGGAGAGAACAUCAACAUCUGCUGGAGCCCAGAUGGUCAGACCAUCGCUGUUGGGAACAAAGAUGAUGUGGUGACCUUCAUCGACGCCAAAACGCACCGCUCCAAGGCAGAGGAGCAGUUCAAAUUCGAGGUGAACGAGAUCUCCUGGAACAACGACAAUGACAUGUUCUUCCUCACAAAUGGCAACGGCUGCAUCAACAUCCUGAGCUAUCCAGAGCUGAAGCCCAUCCAAUCCAUCAACGCUCACCCGUCCAACUGCAUCUGCAUCAAGUUUGACCCCACGGGGAAAUAUUUCGCCACAGGAAGCGCUGAUGCCCUGGUCAGCCUGUGGGACGUGGAGGAACUGGUGUGUGUUCGCUGCUUCUCCAGGCUGGACUGGCCCGUGAGGACGCUGAGCUUCAGCCAUGACGGCAAGAUGUUGGCGUCAGCCUCUGAGGACCACUUCAUAGACAUCGCUGAGGUGGAAACGGGAGAGAAACUGUGGGAGGUGCAGUGCGACUCUCCCACCUUCACCGUCGCCUGGCACCCCAAGAGGCCGCUGCUGGCUUACGCCUGCGAUGACAAGGAGGGCAAAUACGACAACAACCGCGAGGCGGGCACCGUCAAACUGUUUGGCCUUCCCAACGACUCCUGAGAUGCAUCAGCUGAGUUCCUCCCGCUAAAAUUAAAUCCAGACCUGCCAAAACUCUCCGUCAUCAGUCAGAUGUGAGGAGGGGAGUCAGCAGAGCAAAGAAGAGUAAAGGAAGCAUCAUGAGGAAACAAAACAAUCCUGCACAGCACAGAUGCUCCUGCUGCUGCUUUGUACUAGGACUGCAACUCGUAAAGCCGCAGUAACCUCUUUUCACCAGCAGGUGGUGCUGCUGACCCAUGUUUCAUUUAGAACAGCAGAUUUCUUUCUGUUUUCAUAGACAGAUAAAAACACAACUCUCAGCACUGUAAGAUAUUGUUUUUAUGUAAAACAUGCAUUGCUUUUUGAUAUUAAAGUUGGUGUCUUUAUAAA